AUGGGGCAUGGUUUGGAAACACUCACCAGCGCCCUGGGCUGGCUCCAAGAGCGAUGCCGCUGGGCAUACUGGCUUGCCAACGUCGUCUCAUGUAGCGUGAUGAUCGGGUGCGCCGUCUUCGACCCCAUCAGCGCCACCGAGGGUCAUCGAUACUGCGACGUGGCCGGAUGCUAUACUGGGCCCCCAGGUUUGGUUCUCCUCUUGGUCAUCAUCAUCCCCGCAGGCCCCUUCCGGACGGACUUGGUUGCCUGGCUUCCGCUUUACCUCGCCACGCUGAGCUUGGUGACGGCAUCGGUCGCUCACAUCAUGGACUGGCCCCCUGCCGCUACGGACCGUUCCGCCGACCGUAUCGACCUCGAAAACCAGGACGACACCGAGCCCGACGUGGAGGGAAGAGGAGGCCCGCCCAGCCCUGCGGUGGUCCGCUGGAUGAGUGAGCUUCCUUCCAGAUACGUCUUCGGCCUGGACCACGACCACUCCCGCCUCGUCUCGUACUCCGACAGGAGGUCCGGCACCACAAUGUCCCUCUCCAGCACGCCCGGCCAUGCCAGACCGUCGUGGGGAUGGCGCGUCCUCGGCUUCUGGCUUGACCCGCUCGCUUUGGCCCUUGGUCGGCAAAGGCCGCCGCCCCGGAGGCUGAGCCAUGAUUCUUUGGACGAGCCAUUGGACCCUUACCACGAUGACGUUGCGCCCGCCGACCAAGAGCCGUGA